CCAUGGCCCCUCCGGCUCCCCUACGGUGGCAUGGGCCCUGUAUAUUUCAUCUAUUUGAUAACAUAUGUAACACGAUCACUGUGAAAAAGUAUCAUAUUUUCACUAAUAUAAACUUCCUUUUGAAAUUUGGAUUGAAUUGGUAGAAAUUCCUCUAUAAAAACACAAUUUUAACAAACUGUACAAUAUAUUUACUGGUUCCGCGGUACAGAUCCCAACUUUCAAGGAGAUAACUUCAUUUCAAAUAACAUAACAUUGCAUCAAUCAAAAUCACUACUACACUUCAACAAUUCCCAACCAAAACUGAACCAAUUGUUUAAAUUUAAGUAAAUAUAAUACACACUAAAUUUCCCACAGCAUAAUAUAAAAGAACUGUGAACGCAUUAUUGAAAUUAUCCUCUAGUUAGUUAUAAAACAGAUAUGCGCAUUAACAUAAACAUACACAGUAACAGCAAACUUACACAACACAAACAACUCUCGUCAAGAAUCUGCAGCUUUCGGGGUUUAUUCCCUGGUCUCCCACAGGGGUGUUGCCUGCUCACCACACCCAACACCGCAUACCCACUUCAACGGCUCACGCUACGCCUUUGGGUACCUGGCAGAUUAGAAUUAUCUGGCAUACAGACAUCAUCAAACAGUUUAGAGAACCUUGACAACACCUGCGGGUAGUUAGUUACGGUCAUUUCCCUGUCUAUAUAAUGCUUAUUCAAUGAGACUUCAACACUAAGCAACCAUUGAAGCCUACAACCGCAUGGAGCACAUAAACAGGAUUAUACGCUUGAAGUAAGGACAAUGUUAUGCUGGCUCAGGGUAAUGUUGAAUUGAUCUAAAGCAACAUGUUGAAUAUGUCACCACCGCGAUGAACCAUUUCGCUCCAUUUGGAUCUGAUACAAUCGAUGUAGCCCCGGGAUCUUGAUUUAGCUGAUCUUUUUCAGAUUGUGGCAGUUCAAUUUCCAAAGCAGUUGAGAUCGAAUCAAAUUUAGCUAUCUUAAAAACAGAUAUCUGAUUUCGUUCUUGGCAGACAAAAUUGUUUAAACUCGAAUAAUCCGGGUGAACUUGAUGAUAUUUGGGCGGGAAAACUGCCUACUGCAGCUGGUUGUCAUGUUGGACCAAUACAUGCGCAUAUAUAACGGGGGUUGCUUCAUCUGACUCCUGAUUCAGUUCUUAAUCGCGCGAAGAGUUUGCUUGUUUCUAACCAUCGUCAGAGAACUAUACUGUUAGAUUUUGGCCACAUCUAAGAAGUGUUAACUGAAAAAUUUUGAAACAUAGCAAGCCAUUUUGGUAUACGUAUAUUUUUAGCGGUACGAGCCACAAAGAAACUGCUAAAAGCUAUGGAAGACAUCGAUUUGUCGAACGAGGCUGAAGAAUCGCCAGAAACGACCGAUGUUUGAAUCGUCAUAUUUCAGUCCUGUGGAACAUGGUAUCAUUAUUGCAAUUUACAUGUUGAUAAUAGCAGUAUGUCUGCUUGGGAGCUGCCUCGUAUGGGUCGUCGUAUUAAACAAGCCACAACUACGCAGUCCAAUGAACUACCUCUUGCUCAACAUGAGUAUGUCAGAUAUCGUGUCAUCCCUUUCACUCUACCCUUACCUGUUCAUCGUCGAUCCAACAAAACUUACAAGUUCAAACGUUAUUCUCUCAAAGUUGUGCAUGUUGACGGAAGGUCUGACUCCAUUUUUUGUUGCCUCCGCGACGUCGCUGCUCACACUUUGCGCAAUUGGCUUCAACCGGUACAUGGCAGUAAAGUAUCCAAUAGACCAAAGUUUGCGUAUGGGGAGGAAAUCUGUCUUGAUAUUCAGUGGGCUUGCAUGGAUUUUUGGGCUUGUUUGCAUGAUUCCUGGAAUGAUAUCCUUCAAAUGGGAUGAUAAAUUCAAGACUUGUGCCCGAAACUGGGGCUUGAUCAAAAGCACGCCGUACCGAUUAUCAAUCAUGCUUUUGGGUCUAGUUCUUCCCAUGUCUUUCCUUCUGCUUAGUUAUUUUGGAAUAUUUUUGAAAGCAAGAGAAAUUAUUCCUUUCAAUGGACCUAUGGCAAAUACAUUCUGGCGCACAAGAAUGCAGCUUCGAAAGGCAGAGAAAAUGCUCGGCGUUCUUAUUCUAGUCUACAUAAUCUGCUGGUUCCCAUUCAUAACAUACUGGCUUCUGGCCACAGUGUCAAACUUCUUUCCAGAGACUUUGCAGGGUGUGCAAAACAGUCUACGUUGGCUCCGCAUUACUGUUCUUUUUUGCUCCCUAAAUGGAGCAUUGAAUCCAUUUGUGUAUACUCUUGGCAGCAGUGACUUAAAGAAAGACAUGAAGAUCUUUGCCCGUUCAGCGAUUCAGAGGGUUACCUGCAGGACAGGAGCGCGUGUUCACCCAGCUACAGAGGAUAGAAUUCAAUAGGGAAGCAUUUGGUAAGCUUUGUGAAUAUUCUACUUCUUAAAGUUACUAAAAUAUGUAAGCAUGUACACUUUUUAUAAGAAGAAAACUUUUAGAGCAAGAGCCUCAAAAUUGGUCAAAAAUUAAGAAAAAAAUUCAAACAAGCCGAGCCUAAGAUUCUAUAAAAUGUAAAAAUGUCAGAUCAUUGUUAUCAAGGAUAUCUUGUUUAUGAAAUAGAAUAACUUUUGCUAACGUCACAAUACCUGAAAGAUACCCAUCCAACGUUUUUAUGCAAUAAGAUAUUACCUCGUGUUUACCUUUUUUUUAAUUUACACCCAAAUAAUCCAGCUACAGAACUUCGAAAAAAUUAAAAGCAGCUAGUCUGCACCGCAAUGUGUCGGUGCUUAUAUUAGAAAAGAGUGUAUUCGCAGACGAAAUAUGGUGCAGCUUUUAUUAAUAAAACUUUUGUAAUUAUUCAAAAGAUGCACGUCUUUAAACACUGUUCAUUCUUAAAAGAGAUGCCUCUUGAUGACACACGGAAAGAGUUUGUUCAAUUUGAUUUGUUUUCCUAUAGCUUAGAGGAGGAAAGGGGGAGAGUGAGAAUGGUGUGAAAACUCCAAAAUAUUCUAACAGCAUAACCUAUAAGUCGUUUCUUUUAUUAACGAUGAAUGUCUAAAUCCAUGAAUAACUUUGACCAACAUGAGAAUAGGAUCGAAGAAAAUCUUAACUUAGAUUUACUGGAUUAAACUAAUAAUGCUUUUUGAAACAGAUGUCAAAAUAGAAAGAGAUAUUUUAUUUGAGCAUUAAAAGUAUAAACACCUGCUUUAAUUCCAUUAGAAAAAUCAAAAGUUAUAGUAUUUUUUAAAUUGUAAAAUACCCAUUUGCAGGGGGUGCAUUCUUUCAAGUUCUGAAAAAGGUUUGCGUUAAGAUAGAGUAAAUCUGUCGGGGAAGGGGGGAAAGGAGAUGAGGUCACUCCUGGCAUCUUAUUUAAUUAAAUUAGGCUAGAUGGUAUCAAGGCUAUUUAUUCUCUUAGUUUUAUCCUAUCUUACUCAAAUCACACAUUAAAACUGUGCUUCUCCAGUCUCUCCACACUGUACUGCAUUUAGCAACUAAUCUAAAUCCGCGUUUGUGUAUGUGACAGCUUAUAAAAGGAUUUUGAGCUUAUUCCUCUGCUUCUUUUCAAUGUAUGAUUAAAACUGUAAAUUACGGCUACGAUGUAUAUAUUUCUGGACUGCUUGUAUAUAUUUCAAAAUUUUGUAAUUAGCUAAUCUCUUGUUAGAAUUAGACAGAUUCAAUUGCAAAUUGUAAUUUUUUCAUUGCCCCUCUCCCCCCCCCUUGAAAACAGCCUUAUCUGAAGGGGUAACAGUGCUUUGAUAAUGCGAAAAUAAGAUGAAAUGAAAUUUACAGUAGAAUCCCGUUAUAACGUACUCGGUUAUUACGUGGUUUCGGAUAUAACGUACUGGUGUGCUUGGUCCCGGCAAAAGGUGUGCUUGGUUUCAGUCAAUUUUUACUUACCCUCGUUACAACGUACUUCGGAUAUAACGUACUUAAUACAUUGGUCCCUUAAAGUGCGUUAUAACCGGAUUAUACUGUAUUAUAUUUUUUGGCUCGUUCACACUUGAAGCUUUUAUCUAAGUUUAAUGACUUGACCGGCAUCUAUUUUUGUAUAGUUGUUCUUCAUCUGCUGGACUUUCAUUUUGAUUGUUGAAAUAUCAGUAAGCAACAUCCAAUUUCACAGACCUAGUGUGAAUUGAAGAUAGCAGCUUACAGCUAUUCAGACGCGCAAUAAAAACAUUCAUAAGGUGCAAACCAGGAACAAUUGCUGCUGCUACAUGGAAACAAAACUAUUGAAAAACUUUAUUGUUUCUAUUCCAAAAUCAAUUAUAUACAAAUCUAUAAACAUUGUGCAUAGAAUCCAAGGCAAAUAUAGUUUUUGGAAACAUUUAGAAGUAUCACUUCAAAUUGACAUAAUUAGAUGAACUUCUUCCUCGAGUCCUGUUCGCACAGAAGCUUAACUCUCAUGACUCUCUUGUUUGUGCGAAACUUCGAGGCUUCGAUCAUGUUCAUGGCUCUUUGGAAACAUUCAUUUGCUUCAACGUACUUUCCAGCCUAAAAAAGCAAAUAUUUUGGUGAAUGAGAGUGGACUGGCAGUAGGGCAUGGUAACUAGCCUUGAAAUAUCGCAACUUUGAUUAAAGCUGAACGGUAGAUUACCACGUAUCAUUUUCCGCUUGCUACUCCUCAAGAUGAAUUCUAUUGUUGUCAGAAUCUUAACAAGUGAGUUAAAACACUUCAAUAGUCAUUUCUGACAUCCGGUAGAAUAGAGUUAAAGUUAGUAAGUACUGGGUGUGCCAAUUUCGGAGUGCCUUUAUUAGAAUUUAAACAUUUUACAGUAGAUUAUGGUAACUUGAUCAAUGCCACGCCAUUUUUAAAUACACAUGAAAUGUCAUGAUGAAUUAUGUUGUUGUUUUAUUGACACAAUGAUUUGCAGAAAAAGAAAAAAGUUAAAGAAAUCUGCAUACGUAAAUGAGAGCCAUUUUUAUGGGUAGUUGGUGCAAAAAAUUCUUACUUACAAAUGUUUGAUUUAAUUUGACUCAAAAUACGAUGAGGAGGAAAAAUCAACCAACCAUUUCAUAUUCCCAGAAAAACUCAGUGGCUUGAUUUGAAGGUGAGAUCGAUAGAAUUAAGGUGACAUCAAUAGAAUUACUUAGUAUUUCAUUUAGUACUAUGAGGCAGUUAUGGACCUUGUAAUCCAGAUAGAUAUCUAUAUAAUUGUAUUUAUCAUUACUGUUUCCGGCUAAUGCUUUGUGUCUUUGCAAUAGGGAUAGGAAAUAAAGGAAAAAGGAAGACCGUAUUUCCAAAAAUUAUGUAAAAAGGUGAUACGAUCUUUAGGUGCUUAACAAGAAUACUGGCCCAUUUAAAUAUAUAAUAUAAAUUUUUGGUAAAGGUGUUUUUUCGUAUUUACCGCAAUAUUUUCAUAUCUUUCAGGGCAGUGACAAUAUUCAAGGUUGGUGGGGAGACCAGCGAGCGGAAAUCUUCAGAUCAGUGAGGCAACCCUCCGUCCUGGAGUCAGAAAAUGUGCCCAAUGAUAUAUUCCUUACAAGCACAUGCUCUUUGACACCAGGAUGGAGAGUUGCCUCACUUAUUAAAAACUUUCUCCUGCUCGUCUCCCAAACAAGUUUAUUUAUUACCAAUGGUUUGUCUUCCCUAAUUAACUAGCCUUGCUAAUUUGACGUAGCGAGAAGGAUUUGUACGACAUAUCAUCCAAAAUUCAUGAAACUUAUUGAAACUUAGCUUAGCUCUCAGAUGCAGACUGCUAAUUAACGGGAACUGUUUUUUCCUCGCACAAUUUCCCUACCGCAAAGGAUUCCUUGAAGCAUUCUUAUCAAAGCUGAUUCAGUUUGAUUGUUGUUUAGAAAGAUGAAGCUCGAAGAUCAUAAUUCACAGUGUUCUAAAAGUUAGAUAUCGAACCAAAAAUUCACGGGAGCCUUUUAAGUUUAUUGCAAAUGAUAAAGAGAAUUCGAAUGACCUAACGCUUACGAUCAAAAAACACUCCUAUUGAAUGACUCACCGUUGCAUAGAAUGCGAAUUUAUCAAGGUAGCAGAUGAUUACAAGCAAAAAACGAUUUUAAGGGCGUUAUCUUUUUAAAAAUUCAUGGAUCUUUGACGUCAAAUAAUUCACAAACGAGUUCAGAAGAAGCUACAAGCGACUGUUGGUUGAAAAUUCUUUUGCGGUUGCAUGUUUACACGAAAACAAGGCUGUAUCUUGCAAGAUGCCGUGAUAAUGACAAGAAAAAAGAGAUAAGGGAUGCUUGCUGUUGAUCGAAAUGAUCCAUUAAAGGAUUUGAAAGCACUAAAAAACAGUCUUCUGUCAAGCGAAACACUGUCUGCUCCUGUUUUUGAAGGACAAAGAUUUUAGAUCCAUGAUUGCAAAAACUGCGCCUCAAGUUGAAUUAAGCGAAUCGAGAAGAUGAUAGGAAGCAAAAAGGGGCUUUCUAACAAGAAAACUAUUUUUGAGAAUAAAUUUCACAUAAUUUAUAUUCGGCAGCUAGAACAGUUGAAAUGAUCCUGCUGGACAAUAUCUCACGAUGUUAUGGAAUCACUAAGGGUAUUGGUUUUCCUGCGACAGAGAGGAAAUUCUGUAAACUACAGGCUCAAUGGCAUCAAUCUGUUACUUAAAAUUCACGGAUGCGAUUUGCCUGCUAAUUUUGUAAAGAAUUUCUUGAUCUAGUACAAGAACAAGAUAGGUCGAUUUAGUUUAGUGUUUCUAUUCAACAAACUUUCUCAAUCUGUGGUACUAUUGAAUGAAAAUUUACUUACCCUAAUCAUAAUAUUGCCUCUUUGCUCUAAAUGAUUGAUCAGACAAAGAAAUAAAUCAAUGUCUCUCAUAGCGAUAUUGCGAGCAGUGCGUCCGAUGUGGGCCCCAUACUUCAAAAGAAGAACCACAGCAUCAAGCUGCUUCUCAGACAGUGCGUAUUCAAAUGGUUUCAGUCCUCUCAAAUCCUUGUGGCCUAUGUUUGCACCGCUAUCGAGAAGAAGCUGAAUGAUCCUUAGGCUUCCAUUUGCGCAUGCGUAAUGCAAGGCUGUCCUGUUCUCGUUGUCUUCGGUAUCUGUGAAUGCUCUAUUCUUCAAAAGUACUUUAACUGCUUCGAGGCAGCUAUUCUUGCAAGCUACCGCAAGAGCACUGAGUCCUUCCUUAUCUUGGUGAUUCAAGCUUGCUCCUAAAAAAUAUUUCAAAUAAACAUCAAAUACUGUUUCACCAUAUCUUGAUCAAAGGUCAUCUGCAAGCACUGGGUAAAUCAAAUGUCAUUUGCAAUUCGUAUCUGCGACUCGAGAAUUUUACUAACUUGGCUUAUCACAAGAAACGAAAAUGCAUACAAUACGCAAAAACAUGCGGCGAUGCAACGCUCAACUGGCAAAACGCCUCUUCUUAUCGCUAGAUAUUUAGAUUGUUUAACAACUUUUCUGUGUAAGAAAAUUUUUAGCAGUAGAAAUGACGAAAGAUGGUUGUUUUAAUGACAAAAAUGGUAUAAAAGGCAUAUGUCGCAUUAGAAGUUGGCAAAUACAACAAAAGUGUUUGGAGUGGAAUUACAUUGCUACCUGAAUUUCCAUUUCUGCUUCUUGAUUACUGCCGUAAAAACUCAUCCUCGAUUCCAUGUUUUGCACCAAAAAAGAUAAUUGUAUUGCAGUGGCCAAUCAGGUUUACAACACAUGCCCUUUAAAACCCUUUCCAGUGUUUGAUUCAGAUUUGACUAAUCUCAACAUUGGAAAAACGUCUGCAGAAGAAGCAAUUGGUUUAGCAAAGAACUAGAAUUGGUUACCUUCCAUAAAGAGACUAUGCACCAGCUGGCUCAAAUUAUGGGCAGCAGCAUGGAGUAAUGGCGUCUUUCCUUCUCUAUCCUCUGCAUCUGCAUUCGCAUCUUGGCUUAUUAACCACUCUGAUAUCUCCACAUGACAGUGCAUCGCAGAGGCAAUCAAUGGUGUUAGGCCAUUUGCAUCAACAGCCUCGAUUAUAGCGCCAUGCUCAACCAAACGCUUCGCAACAACUAGAUUAUUUUUUGAAGCUGCCACGACCAAUGCCACAUUCCCAAGGAUGUCUGGGAUAUUAACAUCAAUGCCUUUUUGCAAAAGCAUUUCAACAAUGUCUAUUUUUCCUGCCUGGCAAGCAUUGCAAAGGAUUCGUCGAGAGACAAGGGCCUUUGUUUCUUCAUCAUCACCCUCUUCCCAAAUCAUUUCUAAUAACCUCACUGCGGCUGCUAAAUGGUUGUUGUCCAAAGCCAUUUCAAGAAACUCUUUUCCACCGCCUGUUUCCUCGCACUUCAGCUGAGGUAUCCGUGCCUUUACUUGCAAAAUAAGAUCAAUAAUUUCCACACUGCCAGCUCGUGAAGCCUCCUUCAAUGCCUCCUGAAGAUGCGUAUCAUCAAAGAGAUCAUGAUCUAGCAGCAAAGACACGAUUGCUGGCUGUUGCAAAGAAGAUGCAAAAACGAUUGGAUGCAUUCCGUACCUCUUCUCGAAUGGCUUGAAAUCUAAAUCUGGAAGAGCAUAAAGCAGUAUGCGUCACCUCGAGGUCGUUUUAGAUACAAAAGGCAACAACAAGAUAAAAUAGAUUCUGUAAGAUUGAACUCAAUUCGACGCAUCUGAUAGUCAAUUUGGUCAUAGCAAAAUCGCAAAAUUGUCCAAGGGUAUGUUCAUAUGGGUUGAGAUUUCCCACUCAGGCUAGACAGCCCAUUUGGUUGGGAUCCAGUCAAAUAAAUUGGCUUGCAUGUAAAGCUGAGAUUAUGCUCAUAAGAAAAUUGGGCUGGCCAAAUGGUAAGAUCCCACUACCGGGGCGGUGAGAUUCAAUUAAGGUGCCAUAAAAUUUCUCACAGGGAUACGAUUCAAUGAGCCAGCCCUAUGAUGAAGAAUGGAAAGAUCCCAUUAUCACUUAAACAAACUUAACGAGUGUUGCAUUCCUACCCCAACGCCCAUGACUUCGUUUAAACUGUUUCCUUUAAACAGCCCAUGAAAAAGGUUAAAUUGAAAUUAUUAUCAGUUUGACCAGAAUGCCUAGCAAUCAAUUUGCGAAUUGCCCGUAGCAGAUACCUGUGUGCAGGAAAAGAUGGUAGACUUCUGGUAUUGGUCGAUAAACGUUGCAUAGCUCUAAAAACCCGGCGGUAGAGUUCUUGAAGACCUGGGCAAAUGUCCAGGCCAAAAAGCGGACUUUGUUUUCAGAAUCUUGGAUGUCUUCUCCAAAGCUUGACAGCGCAAGGUGAUAGGCGAGUUGAAAAAUGUUUCUCCCCUCAGUGCUGGUCAGGGUUUUCAUGUAGUAGACAGAUAAGAGAUUGUGUCCUUUACUGUGAAAAGUAAGAAAAUGAAUGAGUUGUACAAGUAUGACGUUCAUAUUAAAAUAUUCAAGCGAGGAUAUCGUUGUCAUCAUCAACAUCUUCCAGUCCACACUGAUGGGUGCCUGACUGGUGAUUGAUCAGGGUGUCUUUUUGCUUACUUCUCCAUUUACUAGGGCUUGUUUCCGCAGUUGGGUUUAGUGCUGCUUAGAGUCGUUCUAUGUUCAUUCUAUGUUUAUCAUUCUAAGCAUUCCAAGUAGACUUAAUUGUAAACACCUCUGUGAAAGUAUUUAACUAAGUGCCCGCCUGACAAAUUGGCAAACAAAAAGGUACAUUUCUCAGCAAGUUCCCUAAGUACAAAUUAAAUAAUCAGUAAAGGAUAAAAGGUUGGUGAAGGCAAAAAUUGCGUAACUUUUUUCAGUAAUAUUUACUUGGAGGAUAAUACUUUUUCAAAAUCAGUCCUUCAUUCAGAUACUCAAUACAGAGCUAAGCUAUGCAGAUUAACAAGAGACUCAACCAACACACCAUUGGGGUAUCUUUCAGGAAAGUAGAAAAUAAGGGCGUUACCUUGGGUUAAAGCCAAUCUUUAGCCCGUCGCUGCUUUGGAGCCACUUUCGGGUAGCGUUAGUGACAAAGAGCUUCCCUUCUGCACUCUCCGCGAUCAUUUGAAGGUCUAAGAGUUUUUCCAAGCACGCUUUGUACUCUUGAAAAGAAAUUUGCUGACUGGAGCAGCUACAUUCAACAACUUUAUACAGGCUCGACAAAGUUUGUAGGACUUUUGAUACGAACAAGACGUCUAACAAAGACAACGCAAGAAUGCGAUUUCGUUCAACUACAGCGAAUUUUAACUUGAAUAAAUGGCUGACCAGCUUGAUUUCAUCUAAUGAAAGAAGAUUUGGUUGAUGCAUAAUACUUGAAAAUGAGCUUGAUGAAUAUUGGAUGGCCAUGUGUGCAAUUUGGAAAGAUCCUUUGCUGAACCUCACAACAUUAUCAACAAGGCGUCGAAUCUUUGCUUUGGAAAUGCCCUCGGAGGCGAUGAUAGGAAGUUCCAUUUCUGUAAAGCUGUACAAGUCACUUUGGAUAUCCCAAUUUGCAACAUUAUCCAAACAUAUCUCUUCAACACCUUUGUUGCUGAAAGCCUCCAAACUCUCUUUGGAACCUGUAACAACGAGACUGAUCCAUGAUGGCAGGAUCUGAAAAUUAUUAGCUAGAAGUGCAGUUACGCAUUCGUCGGGGCUACACUUUGUGCAUUGAUGUUCCAAAGCAUCAACCAAUAUCAAGUACCGCCUUGUGGUCUCUUUUGUUGCAACUUUCGAUUGGCAAAUUUCAUUCAAUGGCUCGAGAAUUCCCUUUCUAAAAGCCAACUCUGGGGUCUUUUCUGUAGUCUCAGCAUUUAUAUAAUCCUGAAUCUUGCUAUUUUCUGACAAAGCUUUGGUGUAUGAAGCAAAAUCUUUAUUUUCGAUAAGACAUGCCGCCAUAUUCAGUACAAAUUUGGACGUUGAAGUUGUCCUGCUAUCAACUUGCGAGCAGAAAUGAUACGACAGCACCGAACUGGACAGCGCUUCCCGAACACGGCUCUUACGAUGGCUGAAUGAAUCACUCCAUACUAUUGACUUUAAAAAAGUAGUUUUCCCACACCCAUGAUUCCCAACUACCACCAAUGCACGUGACCUGCUGUUUCUUUUUCCAAGAACUAAGUGAUGGACACGAUCGUACAACCAGUCCCUUGAAACCAAAGCCUUGCCUUUUGUUGUUGGAAUUAGCGGAUGAAAAUCUAUUUCUUCAAUUCCCUGUUUCUUCCGCGUCAUCUUUCUCUCAAGAAGCACUAAAAAAGUUCAUUAUAAAACAGGUCAUUAUAAAAUAACAACAGCAGGCGAUCAUUAUUUGAAAACUGCCUGUGAUUUAAAAGGACAUCUUAACUUCCAAUUGAAGGCUGAUAAUGUGAAUUCAUGCCUUUACAACCUCAUAAUCAAAAAGAGGUUUUAUAAAGAUAUAUUGAUCACGAUGAUUAGAAGUGUAAGGAAGUGUUGUUCAUUUACUCUCCAAUGAAUUUGUGCCAUGAUUAAGAUGAAUGGAAGUUUGUGAUAAUUUUUACUUUGUUGGUGGAGCUUUAAUUUUUAUUCCUAGCGCUGUUUUUUAACUGUCAAAAGAGUUUACUAGCCUCCAGUCAUGAUUCUAAAAAGUAUAGGAUAAAGUAAUCAAGGACUUAAUUGCUUACCUGCAAGAUCUUCUUGGAUUCGACUUGGUGACCUGAAGUCUGGCAUCUCUGUUUUAUCAACUGAUUCAUUGAUUGCAUCUGAGGAUGAGGAACUAGAAAACAUCAACGGACCACUAAUAGUCGAAUCGCUAUCAUCACUGGUAUCACUGCCAGUCAAAGUGAUUGUUGAUUCGUGCUCAGAUAAAUUUGAAUCUUGGAGCUUUGUAGACAAAGCCGAAACUGUAGUCAGCGAUGUUUGGUCAUCAACAUUUAGGUGACUGGAGCCUUGAGCAAUUAACUUUUUUUGAUGUAAACUAUUUCCUGAAAUAAUCUUCGGCUUAAUAGAACCAGUCAUAUGGACCGGAUUUGAAGAACGAGCUCUUUUCACUGGAAGGGUAGUGGAACUGACCCCAUUUCUAUCAAAUUUCAGCUGUUCUCUCCUUCUCCUGGAACUUCGAACAAAGUCUGACGACAAGACAAAGUUACGAUUGAAAUCAUACAACGAAACGUUCUGAGAUCUUUUUGCGGUACUGUCGCCUGAAUGCUUGUCCUUUUUCAAUUUUCCUUUUUCUUUCUUAUUUCCAGAAAUCUUUUCCUUAGUUGUCUGAUUACUUGAAUCAAUAUCCGAAUGGCGUCUGGACCAUUUUGUCAGUUUUUUCAACUUCCCACGGAAAAAUCCCAAAUUAGUUUCACCUUGAGAUGGCGAAGUGGUUCCUGUCAGCUUUGAGCGUCGAUGUACUUUCUUAGAAUCGGAACCGUUGACUUCCGUUGUUCCUCUUUUUUUCCUCUUUUCUUUGAACCAUGAUGUUCCGAAAUCAUCUUGAUUAACAAACACAACGGGUCCCUCGUCUUUCAAAUUUACUUUACAGCCAUCUCCAUUACGAAAACUCUCACUUCCGGAAACGUUCCCACGAAUCUUAUCAAAAUUUGCUGUCUUCCAGUCAUCUGUUUUGUUCUUCAAAAUUGCCUCUACACAACAUUUGCUCUCCGUCCAUCCCUCCGAAACGUCUUCUGAUGACGAUAACAUGCUAUCAGGGUUCAAUGAAUCUUGUAAAGUAUUCGGAGAAUGCAAUGACAUUUCUGCCAUGUUAUCGAUACUGCAAUCUUCUAGAAAACAGUCAAUUGGACGAGGAUCUUCUGGGCAUUCACCGGCCUCUUUAGUCUCCCUCACAAUUACUUCGAUAGUUUCCUUAUUCGAGCAGUCACGUUUCAGAAAAGCAAUGCGAUCAGAAUCAUUGCUACCGACAUCACCUUGAUCCUUUGUUUCAGAGUUUUUAAGACAAUUUGGAGUCUGGAUUGUUGCUUCUUGUUUCCUUUCCUUGUUCACAUAAAUUGUCUUCUCAGGCAAUAACUGCCCUACAUUGGAUAGUUCAUCUUCUAGUGAAGUAUUAUCGGUGAAUGAAUCAACGUCAACCUUUAAAAAUACGAACAUUUUUGCAUUAUCUAACAUCAUUUAUCAAGAACGAAAAUUGAUACAUCUCUGAAACCGAACACUCUCUCCAAUCAAAUAGCUGCACAGUAUUUUCACGUUAACCAUGACCAACACUUCAGCCACAAAAGAAAGAGACAUCGCAUUUCACGAUAAAUUCACAGCCCGUUUCGCACAAGACUUCUAGACUACACAAUACACUACAAAGAAAUCUAAUCCUUUCAGCAAAAUUUAAUAUGAGCUACUUUGAGCAAUUAAUUGUUAAAACAUGUGUAAAAAGUGGGUGUUUCAAAUCCAGUAAGUCGCAAAAUCAUGCAAAUUGAAAAUGCGCUUCAGUUUUGCUGUCUGUCUGGUGGCCUGGUUGCCUAGCAGCAAUGUCCUGUUUGUUUAUUCGUAAACCAGCAACACUUAUUCAUCAAAGUUUUAUUAAAAAUUCCUUCAAGGACAACUCAUUUUCGUUGAAAUAUCGAAAAACUGACUGCAUGACUACCCACUGGUCCAAAAUGAAGGGGAUACUGCUUACUAUAUGAAACUGCCUAAGAAAACAGGGGGCACCUGCUUCGUAAACUGAAAUUAGGAAGAGCUUGCAGUAGAAAACAACUGCACUUGAAGAAAGAGGAGAACCCUGCUUAAACACAUUCGUAGUCUUUGUGUAGCUCAUUAGCAACCCCAGGCUAUAAAUCCAUCAAAGCCAUUAAAGCCAUCCCUCUCGGGACGAAUACAUUUGCACGCAUAAGACCCCGGCGUUCAUUUUCUGCAAGAGCAACAACUGAUUUAUAUCGUGUGAAGGCAUUUUCGGUCCCAAAGGAAGCUAAUGUUGGAAAGAGGUUGAUUUGUGCACCAGUGUAUGAAUUUUAUUCAUCUCGUUGGUUUUGUCAUUUUUUAUGCGAUUUGUGUUGCUUGGUAACACUUUUAGCCAUUCUCUUGAGUAAAUGGAGUCAAAAUCAUAAAUGUUGCUGAUGUUGCUCUACACAAAUUGGCUAAGAAUUUUACAGCUUUGCAUUAAAAAACUUUUGUUGCGCUAUUUUAGAGCCAGAAGAACUAAAAAUAUCAAAGUAUUUAAGGAUAAGGAAACAUUCUCUAAAAUUAUUUCAAUAAGUAUUUUAAACUUGCAAAAAAUACGUGUAAAUUAAAAGUCUUUGCAAAGUUUGAAAGAUUUCUUGAAUUUAGUACGAGUUUUAGGUUCCAAAGGUCUAUAAGUUAAAUAAAAAGCUUUUUCGCGAAACUAAUACAGCAGUGUAAUGGGUCUCAAAUACCAUGAAAACAGAUAGCGGCUUUCCUUUAUAGACAAAAUAGACCAUGCUGGAAGACUAUAUAUCUUAAUAUUUACCUCAUUUGAAAUCAGGUCCACUUUCCAUUUCAAAAGACUGCUCGAGCUCGUAGUUCGUCUUCUUCUAUUUCUCUUGAAUGCAGAAAAGUACUGUACCUCUGCAAUGCGUACUUCGAUCUCACUUGUACUUUUUGAUGUUCUGUGCAGUUUUGUUGGCGGCUGUGCCCUUCUUGUUAUUAGAUCAAAUACAUCAUCCCUGUUGCCUUCACAAAAUCUUUUUUCUUCAGAGCUUUCAUUUAUCGAUACAGUUCUGCAUGAGUUCCUGAAUGGGUGUUCAUUGAAGACCUUUCCCAGUGGGCUGCUAGUCGACGCACGCUCCUCGGCUUGUCUGACGUCCUGUUCUCGUUGUUUACGCGUUAUAGUUGUUUUGUUUUCGCCUUCCUUUUCAAUUUCCUCUGCCUCGUGCCUCCCCCCAGGACUCUUAAUCAUUCUACUAAUACAACAGUCUCGGUUAUUUUCUGAUGUUUCAUUUAAAUCGCAGGAACGAGGCUGUCCAAUCGCACCCAACCCUUCGUCCAAACUGUUAUCGUCGAUUUUACAAGACUGUGGGCGAUCAGACUCAAUCAGCUGCGGUGGAGAAUUUAUACUACCAUCUAUCGCCAUUUGCUCAAAUGGAUUAGCGUGAGUCCCAAAACGUCUUGGGCUGACUACGCGUGGACUUGAUGCACCACUGUCGCCAUUAAACUGGCACGAAGCAUCGCUUUUGCUCCCGAUAAAAUGAUUUUCAACUGCAGACUCUUUUGUUUUUGACUGGUCUUUGGCUAGCCAAGUUGUUUUCUUCUCACGCAAAUUCUGUAGCAAUGCUCUCAAGUCUGAAAUGUAAGAACAGUUAUUGUCUUUCGUUAUGUUUGAUUUUAUUUUUUUGUCUUCUUCUGCUACACCAGUUGAGUCAGCGCUACUAAGAAAACGGCCUGUGCUUCUAUCAUCGGGCUUGCCAUCCCCUUCAAAUUGCUUAAAAAAAUCCUUUAGAUGCACGACACUAUCAUUUUCACUGUAGUCACUCCAAAGAGAAUCAUUGCCAUCCAGGUUUAUUUCAUCUUCUUCUUUGCUUUGAGGUGUUAUAGCUGCAUCAACAUUCUCCAUUUUGCCAUCCACAAGGUCCGAAUUUGCGUUUGAGGUGCCUGUUUCGGCAGAAAAGCACUGACUUCUCAUUACCGAUUUGCUCUCUUCUAGCCAGGCUGCAGCUUUUUCUACUACAGUUUCAAACUUAGACGAUUUAAAGUCAUCACUCCCGUUACGUAUUUCCAUUUCCUCAGAAGGCGAAGGUAAAUGCGAGCUCAUUUUAAGUCUUUCGAGCUCGUAGCUAUUAAGAGAUAGUGGUCUUUGCCGAUGGGGAAUACGGAUUCGUGAUUCAAACGGAGCAGUUGCGUUAGUACGUAGAGUUACUGGCUCAGUGGGCAUCGCAGAAAAGCUGGAAGCUCUUCUGAAUCUGAUUUGCUUAUAUGACUCACUAUUUCGAUUCAGAAUCGAGCUGAAGGACAUUUUACGAUCCACUCUGGUAGUGUUCUCCUCUCCGAUCCCUGCUGCUCUUACCAUCCCUUCGGCGCUACCGCUGCCCCUUGCCCACGCAGCUGACUUGUUUCCAUACAGCUUUUCAGUUGACGAGCUUACAGAACUUGAGACGGCCUCAGAAUCCUGACCUGAGAAGAGAACGAACAUUUGAAACUUGUUUCAGUAGUUUGAAAUUGAACACGAUAUCUUUUUGCAAUGUGCUGUUACUAUCAAAGAGGGGGAAAUGGAAUUUCAGUAAAUAUUUGGCAGAAAAAGCCACUUUAAUCUCGUCUAGCAGGCAAACUAAAAUGAUUAUGGCAAACCAAACUCUAAGGUUGUGUAAACUGUAAUUUGCCCUAAAUAAUCAAAGCUUUAAAAAGAAUGGAUUGUAUCAUCAUUUCUUGAAAUGAAAGCCAGCAAAUAAAGAGCAUUUAAACGGAAAAAAUAUUCUGAAACUGUGAAAAAGUCAAGAAUGCUUUCCAUAAAUAAUCAAUAUCGACAAAGCAUGAAAUAGAACAGGAAGCGUAGGGUUUUAUGCAAUGUCAAGAGAAUUUCAAACUGAUCACAGUCCAUCGCAGCCAAUCUACCGCACGAUUAGCCCAAAGGGAAAUAACGUAUUCCAAGAAAAGAAAAAAUAUUUGAAAGGAUCAGUUUCAUGCAUAUAUGGUUAUUUAUUCCAGUCUAGUUAGGCCACAUUUGUGAAAAUAGAAUGUCCUAUUGUUACGACUCAAAUAUACCGCCUCGUUUUGAAAAAUCUUAUAAUCCUUUUUGUACUACUUUUUGACUUCAGAUUCUAGUAAAGGAGCAGGGCUCGGACCACGAAUUUAAAAGUGGGGGGGGGCAAGGCUAGAAAAAGUAGGGGGUCUAGGCUUCUUACCCCUUUUACUGCAGCUUUACAACUUUUUGCUUUGCAAAAAAGUUCGGGGGGGGGGGGGCAAUGGCCAUCCCGGCCUCCCUGUGGCGCGGGCCCUGUGCCUGUAAGUUCUUGUCAUGCUAAUGCCGUGAGAAUGACUUUAUGUCGACAUAAAGUCAAAAUUAUAAAAGACUUUGACCGUGAUUUGUUAAUGAGGGUGAAAAGCUUCAACCGGUCGUCAUGAUUAUUUUUAUAUAUGUUUUUCAUAAUUAUCAUAUCUUUUUGGAUCUGCACUUGUGAAGCAGUCAAGGGAAUAGAACUGAUACAGCUGGACAUACCAUUAUGCAAGAUCUGAAAUGCAUUUACUUGCUCAGUUCUGUUCUUUGUAUCUCUUUGCAUAAACGUGGUCCGAUUGUGCAGUUGAACAAGACUUCUGGACCUGUGUCUCUUGUUCCACUUUUGUGUUACAAUUGCAGAUGGCGCUGAAGGUGAGCGUGCUCUCCAUUCUAGAUAUCCAAUCGGUUCCCGUUUUGUCUCAACUUCGAUAGUACCAUUUUUUUCUGCUUUCAUCCCUACAAUGUCAAGCAUGUUGAAUAAAUUCAUAGUUUAAGAAGCUUCACUCAAAUCAUUCGAAAUGUCUUUCUUCACAAAGGACAGAGUUUCUGUCUUAACAAAUCAAAAAAGCAAAAUUG